AGCCGACUGGCCUUUAGGUAGGCGUAAUUGCAUAACCUGCCUGCCGGGCUGCACACCGCAUGUACCUACAUAACUCCCGCCAGAUGGACAUAUCCAGGGAAUAUCGAAGGACCUACAUCUCGUACCUACCUACCUACCUACCUAUCGUACAUAUCGUCCUCCCCAUCUCCGUCUCCAUCCCCAUCCCCAUCCUGUCUCUCUCCCUCUCCCUCUCCAUCUCUCUCGCCCUCUCGCCCUCUCUCGCCCCGUUCUCUAUCUGUCUCUUGGCGUUAGCGUUCGAUACCGUACUCAUAUGUACAAUACCACCAGGUAUUACCCUGUCCGUCUACGACCCUAGGAUAACGACGCGGAGCCGACUAGACGAGACUAACCACCUAACCCAACCAACGUACCCGAGCCUAUCUCGCAUUACCUACAUUCAGCCUUAACAAAAGAGCUGUCAAGCCAUCUUCGUCCCCUUCAGUCUGGUCUAAGGUAA